UGCUGCCUGUGCUUCCUCGCGCUUUCCUUUUUGUUCCUUUCUGUCCUGCCUUUUAUCAUAAAGGUUGUUUAUUCUUUCCCUUCUUUCCUCUGGCACUUGCAGGCUUACUUCCCUUUCUCCCCACCUGGGUGACCUCUUGCGGGGCAGGGGGUGUUGCCCUCAUUUUCCACGUUCAGCGCAACGUAAAGGUGUCACCUGUGCUGCAGACACCUCCGUGGCCAGGUCCGGCCGGUUUCCUCCUCUUCUCCAGGCCUCCCCACCCCUGCAGGGAGGCACUCUGCUCGCCUGGGCCACCCCUGGUCUUUCCGCAGUGCCCGGCGGACAUGCUGGGAGCACAGACCGCCUGUGGGUGGGGGAGAGCUGCUCGAGCCUGCACCCCAGGGGUUCUGUGCUCACACGGGCCCCCUCCAGCCAUAUCGUUUCCAGUUACCACCAACUCGCGCCCUAAAACAACACCCACCUCAAGCUCACAGUCCUGCAGGGCUGAAGCCAGCCGUCCAGCCCAGGGUGGCCAGGUUCUCACCCCCAGGGCACGGCCGGGGUGCAUCCUCAUCCAAGGCUCUGGGGCACAGUCUGCACCCACGCUUGACCAGGUGUCGUUGGCAGAACCCAGUUCCUGCAGCUGUGGGCUCAGGUCCCCACGUCCCCUCACCCCAGAGCCCGUGACUUCCUCUUCUACCACCAGCCGGCGAACACGCCCUCGUGUUUUUAGACCUGUCUGGGUGCUCUCGCUUCGCUCACUCAGUCAGCUGGUUGGCACCCUCAGUUACGUCUGCAAACCCCUGUCACCACGUAACCUAGACCAGUCGCGGGAGAAACACCAGGGCCGGCGGGCACGGCACCCACUUGUAACUGCAGACCACACUGGGAUUCAGGGAUUGUUACACAUUCCGGCUGACCCCUCACACCCGCCUGGCUGCAGCUGUCCCCUCGUCUGCGCUGACACCAGUCUCUCCUGGAGGCACCUGCUCUGCCUUAGAUUUCCGGUGCCCGUCUCACUCCCGGACCUCCUGCUCUGCUGUCCCCGCGGGCGUCCUCCUGAAUCUCACUGAGACUGUCCGUGGACAUCUAAAGCACCGUCUUCUCUUCAGAGAGCCCUGCGAUCUGAUGCCAGGACCAGCUCGGUCUUUGGACCAUAUUUGACGGUCACUUGCUUUGUGACUCCCCUUUGCCUGUCUUUAAAGAUGGGAAGCAGGGGCUUCUCAGAAGUGGGGUGUGCCGAGAAGCCCCCAGGGACUUCCUGCCGGAGUGUCUGAUGGGGAUAGAGAGUGGGGUCCUCUUCCCAGUGGCACAGCUGCCCCCUCCUGCCGGGGAUCGGCCGUGGUGGUGCCCACCCCCAGCUCCCCAACCAGCUUCCUGCCCCUCACCACCUCGACCCCCUCCCCGUCCCCCCCCCACACCCGCAGCCGCACCCCAGCCGCCCUUCUGGGCCGGGACCGGGGCCCUGAAGUAAGCGUCCCCUUCCAGUCUCGGGUGCUGCCGCCGUCUGCCCUCCAUCCCCAAAGCCCGGGUCCCCAGCUCUGAAAAAACUUUUCACCAACUUUGUACUCUCCUGACUGUUGUGGUGGGGGUCCGGGAGGAGUGAGACCCCCCCCCAGGUCCCCGUCUCGCCCCGGCACUCGGCCAGCAGCAGACCAAGCAGAGAGCUUAGGGACCCCAGUGCUUCCUGCCAGCCCUGGGGCUCAGAAGCCGCACACCCCACGCCCCGCACCCUGCACCCCGCUCCCUGCACCCCACACUCCACGCCCUGCGGCCUCUCACUGCACCAUCCAGGGUGCUGGGACCUGCUAGGGGGUCCCGGACCCUUCCUGCCCCACCAAACCACCAGCAAAGCCCACAGCCAGGUCUGCAUUUGCACAACUUUCCCGGCCGAGUGUCCCCUCCCCACGCCCCCAUCUCACAUAAGCCAGUGUGUUUGU